UUAGAUUGGCCCGCCUUUUGUGGGUUGGGCCGAAAUUGAAGAUUGGAGCAUGUGCAGUAAGUAGUUAGAGGGAAGAGCCGCCAUUGUUGUGCCCGGUGUGACAGUGGCAGAGAUCAGGCUUGGCAUGGGGACUACCGUAUGAAGACGGAUCUUAAAGCCCACGACGCACGGUGAAUGGGGAGAUAGUAUUAAAAGAGUACAGGUCUGGGGUAACCUGUAGUCGUAGGCAUUAGUUGGAGAGGAGGGUGCUGUCUGAAUGCGAAGCGGUUUCGAACAGUUUGGAGAAAAACGGUUGUGAGAGUGUACACCACGGCCUUUAAUUGAGAGAAGUGCCCAUAAAGGAGAACUUUGCGGUUAGGUAACCCUAUAGGGGACCAGGAGGGGCGUGUUAAAGCAGGGCAUUUGUACCAAGACCGGAAAGGCAGGAAGCCAUCGGGUUGAAGUGUUUGGUGAUUUUGGACUUUGCACAGAGUAGCUGUAUUUCGGGAGUAGAAGGGACUCACGUUUGUUAGGGCUGGGGUAAGAGGCAUUACAGAGAGGGUAACUGCCCCAGGGGUGGUAGUUUGGGGGGGGGGGGGGCAGGUUCCAUUUGAUGGAUCCUCGGAUCGCCUGGUUUCAGCCAGAGCAGCUAGGCCCCUCCAACAGCCUGUGGAUGCAGAUCUGGGAGACCACGCAAGGAUUGAGGAACCUCUACUUUAACCAUAAUAGUCCGGCCUCCCCCACACAUAGCGCAUCUUCCAGCAGCUCCUCGAUCUGUGAGACCAACACAAUGUACAGGGACAGCGGAACAGCUCAGAACAACCAGUCCUUGGGGGAGCAAAGAGAUUACAUCCCAAUAGAGACCACCAAUAAUAACAACAACCAACUGCUGAGCCAGAGCCCUGGGGCGUGGGGGAAAGGACAUGACCAUAUAAACAGGAAUAAGAGAAAACGGGAUAACAAGGCAAGUACUUUCGGACUCAACUGCCUUCUCCAAUGUUCAGCUGGGAGCAGUGUGGUGGGGCUGUACAACGGGACUCCAUGGAAAACACGAACAUAUAGUGAAGAGGUCAUAGGGCUUCAUGAAGAAAUAAUGGACUUCUACAAGUACAUGUCCCCUCGACCCGAAGAGGAGAAGAUGCGAAUGGAAGUUGUAAAUCGAAUUGAAAAUGUCAUUAAGGAGCUGUGGCCUAAUGCAGAUGUGCAGAUAUUUGGAAGUUUUAAAACAGGACUUUACUUACCGACAAGUGAUAUUGAUCUUGUCGUGUUUGGGAAGUGGGAGAAUUUGCCCCUCUGGACUCUGGAGGAAGCACUAAGGAAACACAAAGUAGCUGAUGAAAACUCUGUGAAAGUUCUUGACAAAGCCACGGUACCAAUUAUUAAGUUGACAGAUUCCUUUACUGAAGUUAAAGUGGACAUCAGUUUUAAUGUACAGAACGGGGUGAAAGCAGCACAGCUUAUCAAGGAUUUUAUCAAGAAGUAUCCAGUUCUUCCAUACCUUGUGUUGGUUUUAAAGCAAUUCCUGUUACAGAGGGAUCUUAAUGAAGUGUUUACUGGCGGCAUUGGCUCCUACAGUCUUUUUUUAAUGGCUGUCAGCUUUCUGCAGUUGCACCCAAGAGAAGAUGCCUGCAGUCUAGAUGCCAAUUACGGUGUUCUGCUUAUAGAGUUCUUUGAGCUUUAUGGAAGGCAUUUCAAUUAUGUGAAAACUGGAAUUCGGAUAAAAGAAGGGGGAUCAUAUGUAGCCAAAGAUGAAGUGCAGAAGAAUAUGCUUGAUGGCUAUAGACCAUCCAUGCUGUACAUUGAAGAUCCAUUGCAGCCUGGAAAUGAUGUUGGCCGAAGUUCUUAUGGUGCCAUGCAGGUGAAGCAAGCAUUCGACUAUGCAUAUGUUGUCUUAAGCCAUGCAGUGUCACCGAUUGCCAAGUUUUAUCCCAACAAUGAAACUGAAAGCAUCCUGGGGCGUAUUAUUAGAGUAACUCAGGAAGUUGUUACUUACAGAGAAUGGAUAUCUAAACACUGGGGGCAGAAGAUGAAGUCUGAAUCUGCUUACAAUGGAAAUGAGGUGACGUUGAUAAAUUUGGACAAAUGCAACAAUAAUGUGACUGAAGAGAACACUAAUUCAGGACAGGUUAAGAAUAAGAUAUCAGAAACACUUUGCAAACACUCCUCAAACUCUUCUGGUCCUCUGUCAUCUUCAUCCUCAACGCUUUCAAGCUCUAGUGAUGUGAAGAAAGUCAUUAAACGUCUGUGCAUUCAGGACUCAGACGGAACUCCAUUCAAAACUUCGAAGCAGCCAAGUUGCAGGCAAACCAGUGACAGCCGAAUGGGCCAUCAGGAAUCCUGCACAAGCUCCUUGCAGCCCAGUGGCAAAUCGCAAACUAUCCAGAGCAUCAGCUCUUCAAACAACAGCACCAAAGCCCAGCAUGGAACAACCAGAUUAUUUCGCUCCACUUCAUCCAGCAAAAGUUUCCAGGGACAUCCCAACACAAGCCAAGGUACAUCAGUGCCAAGCCGGCACCCACUAAGUGGAAAAGCACAACAUCAGCAAUAUCACAGCAAGAAGCGCAAGCACAAGCGGGAAACAGACCUGUGUAGAUAGCUGCUUUAGAGACUUAGAGACAGACUUAAACAUCUGCAUUGUGCCGCAGAACAGUUAGUUACUGGGCCUUCUUCCUCCCAGAAGCUGUUGCUGUUCAGACUUUGUUUAAGCUUCUCAUUUGUUUUGUUUAUUUUUGUUUUUCAUUUUCCCAGCUGGCCACAGAAUGGAUCAUGAAGAAUUGCAACCACAAAAAAGAGUGGGGGGGGGGGGCUAAAACAAAAUAAAUAAAAACUAUAAAAUAGCUUGCUCAUUUGAAAAAAAAGAAACAUACUGGGUAAAACCAUAAUAUAUUUGCACUGCCUAUUGGCGUCACUAUGCUGAUUUGUAGAAAUAGUGUUUGUUGGGUGACAGAACAAAAACAAAAAAAAAAAGUUAAAAAGGGGGGGAUGGGUUAUUUUGCAGCAUGGUUUAAUUUUAAAUUUAAAUAUUCUACUAUUUUAUUGUGCAUCCUGAAGGAAAAUACUUUUUUUGUAUUGGUGCAUUUGCUUUUUACAAAAACAAAAAACUUAAAGGUUGUGUUAUUGGACUCAGGACCAAUGAGUUCACAUUGGUAACCCCCUUCAAUUCAGAGUUAGCCCCAAAACGUUGUCAUACAAAUAAACCGUUUUUAGUGCAAAAUAAAAAAGAUGAAAGUUUCUCAAAUAGAACAUGCUGAUGUUUGCACACCUGUCUUUGUAUAACAUGGAUGUGUUUGCAAACCUCUGCUAAAACAGAUAUAUUGUAUAGACAUUGUGUUUUAUAAUUUCACUGUUGCAGAGUUUACUCUGUUUACUUGCAAACUACAGUACCUUGGGUUGGUAAACUUGAAACUUUAAAGUGUUAUAUGGAUACACAGCACUGUAAAAUAUUUACUUAAAAUUAUUCAUACCCAAGAUAAUUUUGUUAUCUAUGAAAUCCAAAAUAAUUACUGGUGUGUUAAAGGUACUGGUCACAAUGUAUAUGUCUAGUUAAUACUCUAAUAUUUGAAAUUCAUAAAUCCCAUGUUCUGUCUCUCACACUUUCUCCCAAUGUGCUCCUUGCAUAUUGUUUUACCAUUCAUUUGGGUUUUUUGUGUUCAUCCUUUUCAUCCCCAUUAAUUCAAAAUAUCUUAGUGUUCCAAUAUUUAGAUUUUUUUUACAUGUAACUUUCAAAAGAUUUUACCCUCAUUUUCAUGUUAUCCGCUUUUAGCAGUAAAUGUGACUCUUGUCUCAACAACAUUUUUCAAACCAAAAUUCAUACAUUGCCAUAACAGGCAUUUGCUAGGUGAACCUCUAUUUGGGGCAACCCUUAGAGUAAUGUCCUUGUUGACCUUUCAGUGACAGAUGCCUGAAGAAUAAGUGUAGGUUAUUUUAAUGCUUUAUUUGGUUUGUCACCCACAAGUUUUUCUGACCUUUGAAGUCCAGUUUGAAGAUUGUAUAUCUUGAUACUGGGAUUAUAGGUCUUGCUAUUGUUUUUGUAUCCAAUAUCUAUAGCAGAAAAGGUAGGGCAUAUAAUGCAUUACACUAAUGUACUAGGGGACUUUUGAAGCCUAUGAGCUUAAAAUCACUUUCCUCUUAAAACUAUUGAAAGCCCAUCUGUCUUGCUAUGGGAUAUUUUAGAAUGUAGUUCAUUAUUGCUAAGAAAAGCAUUUCUAAAUGCAGUUAGUAAAAGAUUAAAGAUACACCAUAUUUACUUUGUGUAUUAGUCCUUUCUCACACCCACCAAAGCUGUUUGUCAUGUCAUUCUGUACAGACAGUUUCCUGGCUUGCUUCCUAUUUGGUAUUGGCAGCCCAAGAAGUAGUAGUGCUUACGCUUUGCAAGUAUCCUCUUCAGUAUCAUUAUAUGUAGCACUUUUCGGGUUUGUUUUUACCAUUUGUUGUGCUGUUUACAGUGCUAUUUACUUGUUGCUGAAAAGACUGUCUUGACUCUAGAAACAUGCAUGCAUCUAGAUGUGUCAAGAAUAGAUUUGCUUUGCUUAUUAGUACCCUGUGUCUAAUUGGAAUGCCCUGUCUUCCUGUUGCCGGACCUACAACUGCUGGAAAUUUUACUUGACGUGUAUCUUCAAAGUUAAGUGAUCCUUAGCUUACAACUGUCUCCCAUUAUCUUCUUAAGGGUAGUGGCACACGGGGAGAUUAGUUACCCACAACAACAAAGAUUUGUCACGGGGCGACUAAUCUCCCCGCAAUGCCAUCCCACUGGCUUUUAUGUAAAUUGCCGGUGGGAUGGCAUAUGCGUCGCUCGAAGUUUUCUCUCAUUUUCUAGCAACUUCGGGACAUCGCAGUGUCGCAGCUGCCAUCCCACCAGUGAUUUAGUUGUGACUGGAAACAAAGUUAGAAUGUUGGUUAGUGGCGAAGACAUAAGUUCAGAUUUACUCUACAAGCAGCUGCCUGUUGCUAUACUAAACAUGCAUGUUUACAUUAGGUUUAAGUAGUAGUAUAAGCUUUCUUUAGCUUCCCUAGGUUAGGUUGGAGUUUCUGGUGCACCCCUCCCUCUAUCAACUUCCCUGUGAUAGUGCAGUUGUACUGCAGUAAUGUUAAGAAGCUUAAUUGGGCCAUGUUUUCAGUAUACUCCAUUUAAUGUUUUUAAUUAUUUUGUGCCUGCAACUAGCACAUGCCUUACUGCCUGGACAAUACAUGUUAUCCUAAGCAGAUUUCUGCAUGGUGCAGGGCCACCUGCAUUAGACUCAAAUACUUAGCUGCUAAAGUUUUAACAGAUUAUAUAUCUACAAAAAUGUUUUAUGCCACUAAUGAAGAACGGAGGGGACGGGGGACUGGACACUAGUUAGGUUACUGGAUACUAAAUAAUUUCACCAGCUUUUUAAAAAAGCAACAUUUAAUAUUGCCAAAACCACACAAAUGAUACAGCAAACAAUAGCAAAUAUUGCACUAGUUUGUUCUUGGACAUUGAGUGACAUUGAGGUGCGCUGAUCCCUGUUGCUGCUUCCCCUGGCCGCCAAUGUCCUCCCCUAAUGCGUUUCACUUACGUGCGUCCGGGGAUGCAGCCAGAAGGGGCACCUUGGGGGGGUGCCAGGGCACCGGGGGUGGUAGCCCCAGUGGGCCCUACACCACCCAGUCUGACCCUGCUAUUUUGCAUGUGUUUAUAAAAAUGUAUGUAGUUACAGACAUAAAGUAUACACAUUGAUAAGAAAAUAGACAAUUUCUUGAAAUUCCUUAUUUUUUUUAGAUGUUGUCUUUGGUAAGAAGUAGCCAAUUGUUAAGGUCUUAUGAGGGUAAGGGCCUUGCAGAGAACAUUGUUUAUCACUUGAUAAGGUGAUGAUGUCCAAACCACAAUUACUAUUUAAUUUGUUCCUAAGUCUUAAAGUUUAUUAUAUAAAAUAUAUAGCAUUAACAUUUGCAAAUAUGUUUUGUUUUUUUGACUCCCUGAUUCCAGCAGUAGUUGUUUACUACUUUUCACUUCUAAAAUUAACAAAAUAUGUAAUUUUUUCAGGGUUGGCAAACAUUAGCAUUUGUCAAAAAAAUUUGCAAAAUAGCGAAAAUUUGCAAAAACUCAUUGAGGUCAAUGGGUGUUUUUUUUUUUUUUUUUGUGGACAUUGAAGUCCAUGAAUUAUGUAACAUGCAGUGCUGCAUGUAUGUAUGUAUGUAUGUAUGUAAUACAUACAAGCGCACUCGCAAAAAAAAAAGGCAAGAAAGUCCCAGGUGCUGCCGCAAAACAUGAAUAGCAUGUAGAACACAGAGCACUCAUGGGACUUGAAUUAUGUGCAAAUAUUUAAUGGUGUAAGAUGACGUUUCAGUCCUAUUCAGCCACUACUGACUAUUUCAGUUUGUUUGGGGAACGGUUUGUGAUGUCUUGAUAAAGGCCCUCUGUGAAGGACCGAAACGUCAAUUUACACCAUUAAAUUUUUGCUCAUAAUUCAAGUCCCAGGAGUGCUCUGUGUUCUACAUGCUGAUAUAUAUACGACACUCUGCACUUACCUUUUAUCAAUAUAUAUAUAGGACAUUACACACAUUUUGUGCAUUAAGCUACCAAGCUAUGCCCUCCCCUUUAAGCAAAACAGGGAUUGUUUGUCCAUAUAUUGCAAUAUACGUCAAGCUGGCCAACUACAUUUCUUAUCUCUGAUAUGGCCAGUUCUAUGCUCACUUUUAUCUGACUCACUAAGAAUUCAACUGCUUCAAUAUACAUUUUUAUAUAAAAAUCUAUUUUUUCCUAAAUGAACAAAAUUGAAAAUUCUUCUAACAUUUAAUACUAGCUAUUUAAGAGACGAUUCUGCAUGUCUGAUUCCGUUAACUUUAGAGAGACAAGGAUAUAUUGGGGUAAUUAUUUAAAUCUAUGUUUGUUGCUGGUUCCUCUUUUGGGGGGGUGGGGGGUUGUUUUUUCUACUAGGAAAUUUUUAUGUUAGUUAAAUCAGUAGCAGUGGCACACAAUACAUUUUGAUUACUGCUAUUUUAUUGGGAAACAAAAUAAAAGCUAUCAUGCAUGGCUUAUACAAUAUGGGAAAACUGAGUUGUCUGAAGGUUUUACCUAAUAUUAUUUUUAUUUUAUUUUUUUUUAACAAGCAAGCUCUUAAAAAUAAUGGGAGCAUUUCAGCCUUGGCAGUGAAAAUGGCCUUUAUUCUAUUAUCCUAACAUAGAAAACAAGUACCAGAAAAAAAAAUGUAAAUGCAAAAAUAGAAAGGUUUAGUACUUGACGUUUCGGUCUCACACAGAAACCUUCACUUGACAGAUUAUUUCUAUUUAUGUAAAAAGUAUUUUAAAGCCACAACAGUUCUCCAAAUAUUUAUUUUGUUCUAAGUAGCAUUGCACCUUUACAAAAUUAUAUAUUUAUUUUUCAUGUAUCAAAAGUAAACUUAGCCAUUUAAAAUGAGGAACAUUCUGGCAAGCUUGUUAAACAGUUGUGUUUGUGGGAAGAUUAUCUUGAUUCCUUUGGAAUCUACAGUUUACCUUACUUUAUGGUUAUCAUAAAUUUAUCAGGAUUUAAUUUUUUUUUAAUUUUCCUGAAAAGCUAAAAAU